UUGUACUGCGAGCAAAAGAGAGGAACCUCGCGCGCUCAAACAGGAUAUAUUCCGCUCGAAUUAACCAUUUUCUUCCGUUGUCCCGUGUUCCGUGGUUGUCCUCCAUAAUCUUGAGAAACCAUGGCAAGCACGGGUGGCGGUAAGAUGAGGCCAAAACGUUCUCAUGGGGCCAACAAGCCCUACCAACGAACCCGUCCGAAGUCAUUCCUGGAUCGAGUGAAAGAUAUGGUGACCCCAUCUUGGCUAUCAAACAUGUGGGCCAGUAACCCACCUGAAGAAUCCCCAAACCAACAACAACAACAACAACAACAACAUACCGCAUCCUCCACGAACUCCAUCCCUCAGAGGCAAACUGUCUCCCCCGAUGAGCGAUACUUUAACCCAAUCGAGAUAGACAUGGUGCAGGAUUCUGAGCCGAGACCAUUCGGAACGGGGGUGCAAAGGGUUACAGAGGAAGGAGUCACCACACCUGUAUUCACCCCCUUUGCUGGGUUGUCUGUACCUGUGAGUACAUCGACACCAGUAGAUGUUGACGAGGACGAUGAAGUCAUCGAGAUAGAUGUUGGGGAAGGACCCUCAACCCAAAAAGAUGACGUUUCGAGUGUCGUAUCGUCGCUUUAUCCCAAUCUGGAUAAGUUGGAACAUCAAGAGAAACUAUCGGAUUCUAAUCUGGAUGUUCUCUCAGAUCUUGGCCACAGAAGUACCCCAAGACCUUCUACCAGCUUGUGGUCUCACACACCCUCGGGCAGGCAGGCAACUACAAGGGCAAGGCCUGCACCAUCAUCGCUGAGCAGACCUCAACAACCUGCUAUUAGUACACGGAAGCCAUCAUUCAACACUAGUUACUUUGGUACUCCAAGAGGGAGUGUAAAGACAACGAUGGACACAUCUACUUCAUCACCCUUCUACCCAGGGAGGACAACAUUUGGCGGUUCAUCAUCUCUGAGGUCAGCAGCAUCUAAGAGACCUAGGACCUCGCCCUAUGAGGUUCACCUCCCAAUCAAGCGUUCUGUUCGUCCGAGGUUAGUGAAGCCAGCCGAUGGGAGCAACAUGGGAAUCACAAGUAAUACUGCCAAGAGGAUUCUGGAUACCUUAGAGAAGAUGUCUACUCCGCUAUCGGAUGCUAAGAGGAUACCCUUAUCACCAUCGUCAACACCUCUAGCUUUUACUGCGAGUCGAACCCCCAGGCCAAGGCCUGCGCCAUCCCCACAGCGUUCAGUCGGCUUGAGCCACAGCAGUGUUAGAAUACCAGGCCCACCAGUCUCUGGGUAUAACACUCCUCGUACGGUCAGCAUUACGCCCAACAGGCAACCACCUUUGGCCACCUCUACUGAGUUACCAAAGAACGAAAGGCCCUCAACCUCCAAGGCAUCGCAGGAAAAGACUGUCAUCUCUAACCCACAGAGCAGUGUGCCUGUUUCAACUCCAGCAUUUACUGGGUUCUCUUUCAAACCAAAUACACAAACCAGCAGCUCUGCAACGCAAUCUUCAUUGUUUAGAGUAGACACGACACCAGAGCAGAGCAGUUCACUUGAGAAGGGUAGCAGCGGGGGCAAGAUGAAGAUGCCUAAACGUAGCAGUAUGCACUAUAGCUCUCACAAAGAUGAGGAUGAUGUGAUUGAAGUUCCUGACCUUCCCAAUAUACCACUACCCCUUGGUAGCAACAAAUCCCUGCCCUCAUUCAACUUCGGCAAACCCCUCUUACCAGCGAAGCAGACGACAUCAUCCUUCUCUACAGCACCACCACCAGCAGCUGCUGCGUCUGUCCCCAGCCAGGGUUUCAACAUUGUAACCUCCAAACCAGCCGUCUCGGUGCCUGCAGCUGCCAAGAAUGACGAGCAGGAAUUCACAUUUGCUUCACCGAUUCUCCGACAGUCUUCAUCGACAAUAUCAGCGCCUGAAAUCGAGACUACAGAGGCUUUUACGUUCAGCCUUCCUAAGAAAGCUGAUGCAUUCCCCUCUCCACCUUCAAAGCAAAUGAACUUCAUGAAGUCGUCUUCCAGCAGCCAACCUCCUCAGACAUCCUCCUUCAUGGCUAAGAGUCCUGUCAAGACUCCUCCUCGGGAUCACCAAAGUGAUGAAGAAGACAGGGGAGGCUUUGGUAUUAAGCCAGCAAAAACACUCAAGACUGGUAGUUGCUUAGAGGUCUUCGGACUUGUUCCAUCCUCAGACCAAACGUCAAUGGAAGCGACGACGGAAACCCUGACAACAUCUUCAAACAACACAAUAUCAGCUUUUGCCGAGAAGUUCAAACCUCCACCUGGCUCAUGGGAGUGCGACACCUGUCUGAUUCAGAACAAGGCUGACGACAACAAGUGCAUCUCCUGCCAAACUGCCAAACCACAAAUGGUCAACUCGCAUGCCAUUCCCAGCAGUAGUAGUAGUAGUAGGGAUGUUAAUGCCAUGAAUGACUUACAAGCUCGGUUUAAACCACCGGAGGGAUCUUGGGAAUGCCCCACGUGCGAGAUUCAAAACAAACAGGACGUUAAUAAGUGUGUAGCGUGCAUGACGCCCAAUCCAGACUUGUCUACAAAAGCAGCACCUGGAACUACAAAUUCUCUAAUGGACUCGUUCAAACCGCCCUCGGGGAGCUGGGAAUGUGAUACUUGUCUUGUAGAGAAUAACGCUGAGGCGAUCAAGUGUGUAGCUUGUACUACAGCUAAACCAGGAGUGGCAGGUUCUAACAAUCUCAAAAUGUCCAGUAAUACUACCUUAACAAACUCGAACGGCGGGAGCUGGCACUGUGCGUCCUGUCCAGAGAAGAAUAAUAGUGGCGUCCUAAAAUGCAAAGGCUGUGGUGUUCUGAAGCCUACUUCAAACUCUACCGAUUCCUUAAUGGAUAAAUUUAGACCACCGACAGGGUCAUGGACUUGUGUUGUGUGUAUGAUAUAUAAUAAAGAAUCAACAGAUAGGUGUAUAGCAUGUACAGCGCCAAAACCUGGUAGUCAGCCCUCGCUCAAUACGCCACCAGCAUCAGUAUUUAAAUUGGGUAGCCAGUCAUCCUCAAGCACAAGCUCAACAGCUGGCGACUUCCAAUUCGGUGGGACAACCUCAAGUGUGAAUUUCGGUGCAGCUAUGUCGAAGGGCUUCAGUAUACCUACAGGUGGGGUAACAUUUGGCAGCCAGAAAGCAGACACAGGACUAGCAUUUGGUUCACAAAAAGAUGGCCCCGCUUCUGGGUUUCAGUUCGGUUCAAACUCGGAGGAAAAGACGAACUCAUUGCCAGCGGCCAGCACUGUACAGUUUGGUACGGUCAAAACAAGUAAAACGGACAGUGGGUUUUCAUUUGGUGCACCAACACCAAGCACGGCCUCGUCAACAUCGAAAGAGGAUAAGCCAGCAGUUGGCGCUAGUUUCCAGUUCGGUGCUGCUGCUACAACAACAACAAAAGCUGACGCAACACCUCCAAAUGUGGACCCUUUCAAGUCGGCAGAACCAAGCAAAGCAGCCUUUGGAGCUGGAGGACGAAUGGUAAAUGCCACCCCUACAUCGACCCAAGAAACGGACAACAAAGCACAACCCAAAGCAACUUUUUCUUUUGGUGGAAACAAAGCUGAAACCUCUACUAUAAAUUUUGGUGCUGCUGUCACAGAACAAAAGCAAACGUCAACACCUAAUACCACAUUUGCGUUUGGUGCCAAAGCACCAGCAACAGACAAUAACCCACCUAAAAGUCAAUCAACCUUCAACGUUAGUGCCAGUUCCAAUCCACCUACUACAUCAGAGUCGCAGCAAUCAACAGGUAAAGCAGUCUUCAAAUUCGGCGGCACACCAUCAGAGACUAAAGACGAGCCCAAACCACCAAGCAGUAGUGCAGGAUUUAGCUUUGGGAACACCUCUAACGCUGUUAAUAAGACAACGCAACCAACACCUCAUCAAAAUAGCAUGCCGCCUGCUUAUCAGUUUGGCCAGUCCAAUGCAGGCUCUGAUGAGGCUGGUACGGGUGCUCCACUUGCUAAGAGAGGCGCUACAUUCGGUUCAUCGGUCAAACCGACGUCGGCUCCAGAGAGCAAAGCUUCCUUCUCAUUUGGUGGUACUCCAAGUCAGACUGCACCCCAACAACCCUCUACUACAUUUGUAUUUGGUGGCUCUGAGAACAAAGUUGAAACCCAAUCCAAAGCCAAUGGAGGUAUAACCUUUGGAACACCGAGCCAGAGUGCGACGACUUCACAACCAAGUGAUCAGUUUACAUUCGGAGCAGCAACCAACUCUAACAAAACUGGGGGCUUCAACUUCUCAGCAUCAGCAAACCAGACUGCUGCCCCAGCAGCAGCCACGGGUGGUUUCCAGUUUAGAGCUGGAGCGUCUACAACAAAACCAAAGGAAAAUGCUCCCCCAGCAUACGGAGCAUUCGGUGGCUCCAACGCAACAUCAAGCACAGUUUUUGGAGCAUUCGGAGCUCCGGCAACAACCAACUCUACUCCCAACCCAUUCGGAGGACAGCAGCCAUCGCAAGCAGUUGCUCCUACCUUUGGUACCCCGAGCAGCUCAAGUGUCUUUGGCAGUGUAGCUGCUGCCACCCCAGCGUUCGGCACAGUUGCGUCGGCUAAUAACUCUAGGUCAUCUACACCUACAUUUGGGGCAACGGGGGGAAAUGCGGCGCCUGGAUUUGGGAGUUCUGGGACGACUGUGCCGGCAUUUGGUGCAGGUGCAACGAAUUCUGGAAUAGGAUUUCAAGCGGAGGCAGCAGCUCCAGCAGGCUUUAACUUUGGAGGAAACAAUGCCACCAGUACGGCGCCAGGGGUGUUCGCCUUUGGAGCAGCUAACAAUAACGCCGCACAAAGCACGGCGGCAGCUCCUCAAUCAACUGGUGGGUUUAACUUCGGUGGACAGCAGCAGCAGCAGCAGCCGUCUGGGUUUGGAGCCCAGAAUACCACAGGAGCUGCAGGCUCAACUCCUGGUGUCUUCGCAUUCGGGGGAAAUCAAGCACCUGCCGCCUCCUCCUUCAGUUUUGGUCAAGCAGGAUCCCAGCAGCAGCAACCACGUAAGAUAAGGAAAGCUGUACGUAGGACCAGAAAGACAUAGUAGCGCCAAAGAAAUUCAAAUCUUUAGGUAACCUUUCUCUUUUUAGAUGCUAACUUUCAUCACUCUAGUCCUUUAAUCCUGCAGUCACUGUAUGGAUAGAAUCUUUCAAAAUGGCACAGCCAAAUGUACGCCAAAUAACCCCACCACAUUCUUAGCAUCGGUUGAUUUGUAUUGAACUUGACAAAAAUCUUUUGGUAUUAUUAGUCUGCCUUCAUUAAUAAAAAGUUAUAAAAAAGCAUUUAGUAAAGCCUUUUCCAGCGGUUGCAAAGCGCUACAACAGAACAAAUGUAAAACCACAGAAGAAGCAUAUUAAUCAAUCAACCGAGUUUUAACUUUGUCAAGAAUUUCCCUUUUAUACUCUCUACUAUUAACUGUCAUGUGAGGCCGACAACUCAUUAACUCUGCAGAUACUUUAGACACUAAUUUAUUAUCUUAGACAAGUUCCAAGAAUUCAAAGAAAUGUAGAGUAAAGCAUUAGUUCCAUUCAAGUAUAAGGAAAUAUCCAAGAGAUUGGACAAUUAACUAAGCAAAUAGUAAUAAUAAUGUACGUUUUGCCAAGAGAUUGUACAAUGGAAUACUAAUGUACGUUUUGAAGCAAUGCAUGGUGAGGUAUCAAUGUUUAUUCAGUUUGCGGUAACACCAUUUGUAUAUCUACUUUUCUGUUUAGAUUUUUUGUUCUUUGGGAACUAGGUCUUGCUUUCAUUCUACUGCCGCAGAGUAGAUUUUGGAUUUAAGUAUCCGCGAUAGUAGGACGAAAAGUAAGACCUUGUUCCCAAAAAUCAAAAUCUACAUAGCGAAGUAGAUACACACAUGGUGGUACAAUGAUAAUAAUACCGAGUUCUUGUGUAGCCCUUUAUCACAGCCGAUGGGCGUAUCAUGGUACUUCAAAUGAAGACACUAUGCCUUGUGUAGACAUCAGUCUUUGCUUCUUGUGUAUUUUUGUCCCUUCUACUUUUUUUUUUUUUUUUUUAAAUACAAGAAUUCCCUUUUUUACAAAGUUACAGAAUCGGCACCAAUCCCAUUUGUGAUUUUAAAAUGUAGUCGUGGUUGAGUCAAACCCUUCAAAUUAAAUUUAGGUAUUUUUUAAACCGGAUAGAAUGUUUUUUUCUUUUAUGCCUUGAGUUUUGUUUUUGUUUCUGUUGGCACUUACUGGAUGUGUUUUUGUUUUGUUAUGAUCACCCUCUCUGUUAUGUUAAGUUUUAAUUGUUAUUGUGGUGCAAAGCCCAUCCAUACUUGGAAGUUAUUUAUAUUUAGCCUGCGUUUAAGACAAGUGAAACCAUUUUCGAAUUGCCGGUGAUGAUCUCUAUCUAUUGCUGAAGUAACAUUAUUUCUCUGGGGUUUCUUUUAAAGGCAGGGUAAACUUUUGUUCAUUAACGUGUGGAGUAAUUAUCCAAAGUACACCCUGCCUUAAAGCGUAAGCCUUGUAAAAAUCACAACACAUCAAAUAUGUAAGAAAGCAUUGUUGUUUUCUCUAAAUGUAAAUAGCAAAUGUAAGAAAUGUGGCCAGUUAUUUGUUUUUGUCCAUUGAUUGGUGAGAAUUGGGGAUGGGGGGGGGGAUUGUUUGGUUUAAAAAGCUGAAUGGAAGUAAUGGUAUGAGAUUGUUUAUGGAAGUGUUUAACAAUUAAUAGAAUCCAGAAAUAUUGUCCCAAAAGCUGUUUCGGUCGAAAUACUCGGCUAUGCAAAAUUGAUGGAUGAAAUCGUUUCAUGCUAUAGGUGAACAUAAACAGCCUGGAAUUUCGUCUUUAAGAGAGGGCAAAGCCAUUUUCAUUUUGCAAAGUGCACUUCCAUUUGACAAGUCUAUUGGGGCACUUUUUUAAAGGAGCAUCCAGGCCAAGACCAGUGUUUUGUAAGGCAUGCACAGUAGUGUAAACAAACAAAAACAAUAGAAAACAUCUUGAUUCGAAACCUCAAUAAAAAAUAUACAAUUCCCACAAUCUACAUUCUACUAGUGUGAAUCAGUUUGAGUUGUAAAACUGACAAUAUAAAUAAAAAAUUAUUGGCUUGUUAAGCGAUGCAAAUAGGCAGAUUUGUCAUUUUGUACACAGUGAUUUUCACCUUUUUUAAAAGCCAAUUCUAAGUUAAGUUUCAGAUGCAUAUUUUGUCUUCGGAUGAAACUAAUCGAGGAACAUUAACAUUUUCUGUUGAUUUCUUGGUUGUUUUAUACAUGAAUUGUGAUAAUUUCAUUACAGGGUCUAGUCAGGAAGAGUCAGUCUAAAAAUGUACAAAGAUUUCCCCAAAACACGCAGGGAUAAUUUUUCAGUGCAUUGAUGAUUAUUUAAAAAUUAAUAUUGAAUAUCAUGCCCAAUUGUGCUCUUAUGGGCUUAAAAUAAUUGGAACCUAAAGGGUUUCGCAAAGCAGUGGCAACACUGGAUUUAUUCAUGCUAUGUUUCUUUGAUACACUGUGAGCAAAUUAAUAAUAACAAUUAAAAUAUAUGUUGAUAUUGUUUGGUACUAGGAAACUAUUUAUAAUCAUUGACAUUUUAGGUACAUCAGUGAGCAAUUUAUCUUAGUGAUUGUAAUGAUCAUUCCUAGGAGUCAUAUUAUACCACAUACUUGACCCCUUUGCUAGAAUUAUUUAUGCUCGAUACUAACUUGAGUUUAAGGGAAAGUAUCCCUGUUUAAACAUUCAAAAAUAAACAACUGUAUAUUCACAAUUUUCUUGUUAAAGACACAUGAUGUUACUGGGGCCCAAUUUCAUAGAUCUGCCUGGGCGAGCAAUAGUGCUUAACAAAUUUCUGCUUACCAAAACAAAUAAGCAGGAAACAAGUCACAGUUAGUACAAAUAACUUACAUGUUGGGGCUACUAUCCUUAUUCAAGUAAGCAUACUUGUUUUGUUCUUAUGUUUCUUUUUUGCUAAGCAGCCCUAUGAAAUUGGGCUCUUGCCUCACGACAUAAGGAUGUUGAGUAUUAAGUAUAUCUCAACACGUUUUUUCUGCUAAGUUAAAAAUUAUCAUGGCACCAGUCCUAUUUAAUCUAAAUUACACAGUUAUUUGGCUGGUAUCCUGUUUCUGCCAAGCAAUAAUCUUUAGUGCUUAGCAAAGUUUUGUGCUUAGCGUCUGUUGGUAUCUUAUCUUAUUCUCUGGUUGAAUUAUCAAUCAUGAACAGUAAUUCCCCUUUCAGCCUCGUUUUUGUUACACAGUUGUGAAUCUUUCCAUUUCCAAAAUUGAACAGGCUUUGCACUUUUGAAAUAUGUAAAUCAAGGUUUGCUUUUUUCACUAAAGGUGUACAAAAAACAAGUUUUCAGAAACACGCGUUCAAAAUGUUUUUAAAUUCAAAGCACACACAAAGAUGAAUGUGUAAACCAAAUUCAUCUGAAAGAUAUUACCGUUUUAAGCUUCAACGUUUUAAAAUGUUAUUCUGACACAAAUCGUCUGAGAAUGAUUGUAGUUUGGUUGUAUAAAAUUAUUUGCAGCAUAAAGAAUGACAAUUCGCAAGCCAGACUUGAAUUUUGCAUGUACUUGUGUAUUCUAAGUAUAACGGUAUGUGGCUGUAGAAACUAACGCAUCAACACUUAUCGCUCUAAUCUGCAUCAUGUUUUAAUGAUUAUUGCUUUUUACUGCAAAAAGAAGCUUGACUUGUUUUCUUCCAUGGUUCCUACUUUCUCCCUUCUGUUAACAAUUCUAUUACCUAUUUAGCUUUUUUAAAUCGAGACAUCAUGUGUUAUAAAUAAAAUGCCUUAUUUUUUCCUUUUUUUGUUUUGUUUAUUGUAUAAAUAUUGUAUAUAGCCAACUGAGGUCAGAACCAUUUUUGUAAAGGGGAUUUUUUUUACUCGGUGCAAUUUGUUAAAAUGUAUAAUUUAAAAUGGCCUUUAUUUUCAAAAUCGGACUUUCUAAGACUAGUAUUUUGUACUUAAGUAGGUAACAAAAAAGUGCUGAUAUUCUAUAUAAUGUUUGCUGUGUUUGCACCAGUACACAGCAAAUAAACUAUGAUAUAUUUUCAAGAGUAAAAAGAGUUAAAUAACCCCUGUACAGGAAUGGUCUGGCCCAGUUUGAAUUGCUUAAAAGUACACAAUAAUUAUUACAAAAGAAUAACACAUAAAUGAGUUUGUUAUAAAUUGUGUAUCACAUCAGAAACCAAUGCCCUGUCAUAAAUGUGUGUAUUUAUAUUUGAACAUGGACAAAAUAUGAGUGACAUUUAAAACAAAUAUUGUUUGAAAGAAAAAAAAUCUAUGAGCUACUUUUCGAAAGGAACUUAUUAAUAUUAGGGAAAUUUUGCUUUUUGUGUGAAUUGUGUAAUUGUGAGUUUAAAAACUUGAGAAACACUUAGUGAGAAUGUGAGGAAAUUAAAGAGUUGUUAGUGUUGUGUGAAGAAAACCAAAUAUCUUAACAACAAGGGCAUUUAUUUCUGGUGUGGUGCAGGUUAUUUGCAGAAUUAUUGUUGUAUAUAGUUUUUAUGGAGCCUGAUAAUUAAUGGAUCCAUUCUGAGCAUUGGUAACGAGGAGAAACAAUAAAGAAGGCAGAUUAUAGCCACAA